CUGGGAGGCAUCUAAUUCCUGUCUCCUCCUUUCAAGGCCAAUGCGGCGGUGCUGGCGCACGCGCCCACUGCCGCGGUGCGCGUGCUGGUGGAGGCCAUGCGGGCGAGCGUGGGCCUCUGGGCCGCCCUGCAGCGGGGCGCCGUCGGCGCCCGCGCCGCAUUCGCCACGCCCGCGGACGCGCUGCGGGAGGUCGGCGCCGCGCACCAGGCCCGAAUCUCGGCCAUCGAGCGCGAGGCCUGGGCGCGCUGGGUGCGCGGCGCGGGGCCGGAGGAGCCCUCGCCUGCACAGGAGCGCGGCUCCGGCCAGCUCUGCGACGGGCAGGUGGCGCCAGCUCCGCAGGGCGCCGAGGGGCCCAGCGCGAGGGCGGAGGAGGGCCACGCCGGCCCGAGCGGCGCGGCCGGGAGCGCGGGCGCGGCGGAGCCCCCCGAGCGGGCGCCGCUUCGGCCGUAUCAGCAGGAGGCCCUGGAGGCUGUGAGGAGCUCGGCGCCCGCCAACUGCAGCGUCGUGCUGCCCUGCGGGGCGGGCAAGACCAAGCUGGGCUCCGCCGUGGCCUGCGACUUCUUGGAGCUGCACCCGGCGGGGUGCGUGGUGGUGCUGUGCCUGCGGCGCGAGGGCAUGCGGCAGUGGUCCCGGGAGCUGGCGGACUGCUGGGGCACGGAGGCCGUCGAGGCCAGCGGCGCCUGCAGCGCGGAGGCGCUGCGCGGCGCACGGGUCAUCCUGGUCAGCUACCACCGCAUGCUGUCGGAGAGGCGCCGCGCAGCCGCCGCGGCGCCCGCGGCGGGGGCCGCGGAGGGCGCCGUUGCCGGCGGGGCGGGGGCGCCGUGCCCGCAGGCUGCCCCCGGGGCCAUCGCGGCGCGCCUGCUGGCGGCCCCGUGUGGGCUGCUGCUCGCCGACGAGUGCCUCCUCCGACGCAUGGUGCCCGCGCCACGCAUCGGGGAGCUGCUGCGGACCCUGUCGGGGCCGGGGCGGCGGCUGGUGGGCCUCACCGCGACGCUGCUGCGCGAGGGCAUGGGGGACGGCGGGGCCGAGGGGGAGGGCGCGGAGUGGCCGGUGCUGGGCAGCUGCGUGUACCGCCAGACCUUUGCGAACCUGGCCCCCGAGUACCUCGCGCCCGUCAGGUGCGUGGACGUGCAGGUGCCUCCCGCGGGGCCGUGGCGAAGGCUCUUCAAGGAGCAGCCGCUGGCGGCGGCGGUAUGCCUGUCGCGCGGCAAGUGGGAGGUCCUGGAGCACCUGCUCGCGCUGCACGCGGAGGACUCGGUGCUGAUCGUCGUGGAGCGCUGCGAGCAGGCGCGCCUGGUGGCCUCCACCUUCGGCAUCAUGCCCGUCGACGGGUCCCUGCCCGCGGCGCAGAUGAAGGACAUCUUAGAGCGCUUCCGCGCGCGCAAGAUCCUCACGCUCGUCGCCACGCACGUGCUCGACGAUCCGGGCCUGGACUUCCCCGAGCUCUCCGUGAUGGUGCAGAUGGGGGGGCACUUCGCCAGCCGCCGGCAGGAGCAGCAGCGCCUGGGCCGGCUGCUGCGGUGGGGGCCCGUGAAGCGCAGGCGCUGGGAGGAGUCCGGCGUGAAGCCGACCUUCUACGUGCUCGUCCACAAGGGCACGGUGGAGGAGCGCAUGAGCAGGCAUCGCACGCGCUCGGUCGCCGGCGUCGACUACGAGCAGGUGCCCGCCUCGGCGGUCUGCUGCCCCCCCCUCUCCGUGCUGCGCGGCGGGUGCCUCUUCGGCGCCCAGCCACGACGAGGACGGGACGAGCUCGAGCUCGAGGGCGCCCUCGCCGCGGGCGCGGCCGCCGCCGCCGCGGAGGCGCGGUCGAUGGAGAAGGCCUGCUUCGAGCUCUCCACGCGCGUAGCAGGCACCCUCCCCGGCGGCGGCCCGCGAGACCGGCCGCGGGCCCUGCUGCUCUCGGACGUGCGCGCGUGGCUCCGGGGCGGCGAGCUGCGGCUGCGGGCCCCGGCGGCCGCCGCCGCCGGCAGCUCCGCGAGCGAGCUCUCCGCUGGCGAGGGCUCCGAGGGCGGUCUGUCGCUUUCGAGCUGCUCCAGGAGAAGCUCGUCGAAGUCCUCCUCCUCUUCCUCCUCUUCCUCCUCCUCCUCCUCCCCUAGGAUCCUGGCGUCGAGAUUUUUCACAACGGCCUCAUGGAUGGAUCGGGCUCGAGAAGUGCAGCAGAAAGAUGAGGUCCAGGCCUCUGGGAGGGUCGUUUUACGAUGUUGAGGCGUGUCCGUGACUUCGGAUCUCCGGGUCGUGGACCUGGCUUUUCACUGCCGCUGCCACACACAGGGCUUUCGGGGACGGCCCCCGCCAAAUGCUGGGCGCACGCCCGGCGACAGCGAGCGGGAGGCUGGCACACGCUGGCGGCAUCAGAACGGCGGCGGGUCUGCCACGGGAAGCUCGGCGAGAGGCGGCGGAGGCAACAGUGAGGCGUCUCAUUUUUUUUUGAGAGCAUGGCUGCUGGAGCUGGCCACGUGCAGACCGGGGGAGAAUGUCCUGUCGGGCGCGGGGGCUGGCGCCGUUCGCCACAGAGCGCCACCACAGGUCCUCCGGCCUGGGCCUGCUGUCGACUGCACGUCGCAGUGGCCCUUUGCCGGAGUGGCCUUUGGUGCGCGGCUUUUUCGGGGGCCGCGAGGGGGGGACCGAGCACAAGCGCGCAAGACGCUACUGCCGCAGAGACCCUCCAACCACGAGCCUCGAACUUCCGACCUCAGGGCAUGGGCGGAGCGAGGCGCAGUGAGCAGCAGGCCCACCUCCUCCGACCUUCCAGAGGAGGGCUUGAAAAAGCGCACCAGGACCUCGACGUCUGAACUCCUGCCGAGGUCAUCUGUUCGGUAGUCCAGAUGCAAUGGGGGCGCGCACCAAGAAACCAUUUGCCUUUCAUCAGGGUGCCCUGGGUGUCUUCGCUCCGCGCGCUGCGCGGUGACUUCCAGGGCCGUCGAAGAAGCUGCUGCGUUCAGGGUG